AUGUCACUCGAUUCUCCGGCAACCAUGGCGGCAGAAACACGAGCCCAAACAGCACUCAAAGAAUCUAUUCUAGUCGAAAUUGAAACCGCCUUAGGACCACAGCUUGAAGAGAUGUUCAACCGAACAGAAACCCUUGAGAUCAAGAUGGACAAGCAGAAUGCAAAGUUGGAUAAAGACUUAGCAGACAUGUUUGAAGCCAUUCGCUUGCUAUCCAACCCUCAUCAACCCUCCUCACCCAACUCUACCAACAACAAGACCCCACAACAUCUGUUACCACCUACAGCUACUCAUGACACAACUCGUACUCGUUCUAGUACGUCUAACAACUACUCUGGCAUGACACAUCUAGCUAAGUUGGACUUCCCUAGAUUUAAUGGAGAUAGGAUUAAAGAAUGGUUGUUUAAAGUUGAGCAGUUCUUCACCAUCGACCAUAUACCGGAGGAUAUGAAAGUUGGUAUCGCCUCUAUCCACUUUGAUGGUCCUGCUGCUACCUGGCACCAAUCAGUUAUACAAUCUGCUGUUGGUACAUCCAUCCUUCACGAUUGGUCUUCUUAUAAGCUUCUCUUGCAUGAACGCUUUGCUGAUCUCUUAGAUGACCCUAUCGCUGAGCUAAAACAACUGCAAGAAACCGAUGACAUCAGUGAGUACCAUGGCCGCUUUGAGCUUAUCCGUACUCGUGUUACCAUGACUGAAGAAGAUCUUGUUAGUAACUACUUGGCGGGACUCCGAACUGAUACGCAGAUGCAUAUUCGUAUGUUCCAACCCAUCACCAUCCGUCAAUGUUUACUUCUCGGAAGAUUGUAUGAGAAGGCACAUACAAAGAAACCCUACACCCCCACUUUGCCACAGAAUCGUACAAGCAAAGGUCUUCUUCCCUUUAAGAAAGAGCUUGACCAGAAACCUAGCUUCACUAUGCCUUCCGACAAACCUAAAACUCCACUCCCUUUCCUCACAAUUGCUCAGAUGGGUCAACGAAGAGCUGAUGGUCUUUGUUACUAUUGUGACGAGAAAUACACUCUUGAGCACUUUCUCAAGAUGCAUAAGAGGACUCAAUUGUAUAUGCUCACUACCGAGGAUGAAGGCUCCGAUGACGAAAUUCUUGAUGAGCAAGUUACGGAAGAACAGACAGGAGUCAUAGCUCAGAUUUCUAUAAACGCAAUGGCUGGGAUCACUGAUUAUAUGACGAUGCGAGUUCGUGGGCAUCAUGGGAAACGCCCUUUGUUUUGUUUGAUCGAUUCCGGUUCUACUCAUAAUUUCAUUGACAAAAAAAAUGGCUGA